GAUGAUGUAUAUAAAGGGGGCACAGAGCAAGUCUCCAUCACAGAUCAGACCAGAUCAGCCCUGAAGAUCAAAGUCUUUCAUCCAAACAGAAGAAGAACAUCUGUCUCUGUCGGGGAACCAUGAAGACGCUGCUGACUCUCCUUUUUCUGACUCUGAUCUGCUUCCUGCAUCACACCUCUGCCAGUCCGCUCGCAACAGAGUUGAUGCUAAAGGGAGGAUGCUGUACAGGAUUCAACCGAACAGCAGUUCCUAAGUCGAAGGUGAAACAUGUGGGGAUGACCCCAGAUGACUGCACAAACAAAGCAGUUGUAGUCACAACAGUGUGCAAUAAGAAGUUUUGUAUUGAUCCCAGCUGGACCUGGGCGCAGAAUCUUUUGGAAGAGUUUAAGAAAUCAACUGCCAGUUCUACAUCACCAAGGGCCCCUUUCAACAGUUCCAGGUGUUUAAAGGGGUAGAAACAAUGUGAGAAUGAUGUUCCUUUAUGUGGAAAUAACUAUUAGAUGUUAUUCAAGUUCCUUUAUUAAUAUAAUGUUCAUGUCUGUUAUUCAACUUAAUGAUGAUUACACAGAAAAGUUGCUGCCUGUAAAUGGCAUUGUGACUUUCAGUUCAAAUGCAGCUUGAAAAUGCUUUUUAGAAUAUUAUAAGAUUAUAAAAUGACAAGUAGCAUUACUGUUCAUUACUGUAUUCAUAGGAAGUCAUAUUUAAAUACUCAUGCAUGUACAGUAUGUAUGUGAGAGUCUAAUUUAUUGGUUCUGAUUAA